UUCCUUUCGCGGAACUUCGAUGUGCUACGCCUCCGUUCUUUUCUUCGACUAAAAAAAUUCCUGAAUGGUGUUCCCUUUCUGCAAAUGUAUCUGGAGCAUUGUGAUCAAACGUGGCGAUAAACCGGUACAUAAGAUGUUUCGCAUCGUUUCGUAGAGCUUCGACUAGUAACGCGCGGGCAAUUUAUUUGAAUAACAGGCGCCAAACCAGAACACCGUGUACUGAUUUAUUCUACGCCUUUGUCUAUUCAUCCAUUCAUGUUUCUCUAAGUACGUUAAAGGGUACCCCAGGUUGUGAAUCAUCGUAGUGCCAACAACCAUAAUUGAUUCGCAUUGGUAAUAAGAUUAUGUCAGAGUAAAAAAGAAAAAAAUCUAGAUAACGCCUACAGGAAUUCAGAAGUCACGCGAGAUUAGAGAGGUUUAUCGUUCAGGAAUUGACACUGAUUACGACAUCGUGCGAUCAGCGACGACACCCGUUAAUUCGAGUCUGUUGGUGUCAAAAACUCGGUGACGCUAGCGAAUCAAUCCAUUGCUCGUUCCAGCGUCGAUUAAACUCAACGUGCCACGAACAGACACGCGCUCGUUUCGCCGGGGGGACGCGACGCCGACGGUUCUAUGGAUCAUCGAAGGAUGUUCAGUCGCGAGCGAACCACCGGCUGAUCGCGUCGGUCUGAAGAAAAAGGAAACCGAUGUUGGCCGAUGCUUGUGUUCGAAACUAAUAACGUGCUUGUCAGGCGUCACGAGCAUUCUAUUCGAUCCGAACAGUUUUCGAUUCUGCCAGUGUAAUUUGGAAAUCUGAGAACGAUACAGAAUGUUUACUUUACGGAAAGGGUGGAUAACGAGGAGCGCUACAUUUAUACACGUAUCCGCGAGUCCUUUGAACGAGUAGAAAUUUGUGUUUUGUGAGACUUGAACUCGUUCGUGUCGUUAAUUACUCGUAGUUAAUUUGUACUUGAAAACGGACUACAUGUGGUUGGUGUCCGCGAGGACAAAUACUGGAAGGAAAUGGUCGUUGAUGAACUCGAUAAUAAACGUGUAGUUCAAUAAAUAACGUCUUGAAUAUCCUAACUGCCAAGCCGGAAUUAACUCGGAUGUCGUAAUCAUCGGAUAAACAAGUGAAACCAUGCUUAGUGACUAAAAUAAUGAAUUAUAUAAUAUUUAGAUCAGAAGUUUACAACCUUUUCCUGUAACUGCCUUUACAUAUUUACUGAGUGAAGCAAAGAGACGUUGCGUUUCUUAAACAAACUAACGAGAAACAUCCGAGUGAUCGAUAGUAGCCUAACAUGCGUUGACAGAUGAGAUAGGUGAUCGAACUAUGCUCGAUCGCAAGUUAUUCGCUAACAGUGUCGGCGAUCAGAAGGCCGAAUCACAGUCCAGACCUCUUCGUCUUCGCUCGGAUCUGAAUUGACAGAGCAAGUAGAGGAAUUGCGAGGUUGUUACGUCGUACGACAUAAAUUGAUACGAUAUCCAUAUCAAAGGAAGUAGCUGCGGUGACAAAUGAAUCGCUACGAUGAAGAUAAACUAUCGAAAUUGUAAAUUAUAAAUUAAUUAAUAUAUCGUUCUCAGAGUUCAGUCGGGCCUCGGUUACUACAUCGGGUUGAUCGUGUAACUAUUAUCGCGUGGCUCGACGGGAUAGUUCUAUGGGCGAUUCAGCUAGACUAGAUCCAGAUGGAGCUCAAUGGCACCGGUAAUAAUUGGUUUGGUUCGAUCCAUGAGUAGAGAUAUCGAGUGGCUGUUACUCCCCAUAAAUUGUCACAACAAUCGAUUAACCCCUUUAACUGCGGACGAGCUGGACUCAAGACGUAUGCUGCAUGCGUGAAACUUUUCCAUACGUUGAACGUGUACAGACGUUGAACGCUUAUGGGCGUCUAUCGCGAGAGAAAUGAUCGAGAAGUGGACACAGCGUCGGGAAGCCUUUAAAGUUGGAUGGCGAAAUUGGAGUCAGUGACCCUAGGCAACCAGCGAACGACGAGAGAAAAGUUUGGGAACGAGAGAUUCACUUCCUGAAUUUGGUCUCGAGGACAGGCGAUCGAAUCGAUCUAUUACCGGACGCAUCUCGAGAAGGUGGUUUCCGCGUAUCGACGCCACACCAUAAUAAACCCGCUCCAUCACCCUGCUGAUCUUCUAUUAAUAUGUCCCGCGAGAGACGAGCAGUAUUUACCAUUCACCACGUUUCCAAACUCACGAUUUUUCGCGGAGGCGUCAGCGUUCCGAUCGAGGUUGACUAUUUUCGAGACCUGACAUCGACACGGAGCGGAUCAUUUCGCUAAGCCCUAGCCACGUUCCGGUGUUUGUCUACCUCCCUUGGAUUCGGAUGUCGUGGACCAAGCGCGGAUAACACGCGCGACGGGUUGACGACCCAUGCUUUAAGCUCAGACGAAACAAAUCUCUGUGGUCGCGUUCGCUUUCAAAGCUGUCUUGUCAUCUGAUCCCGAGGAGGGUUGUUAUUAAAAGAUCAGAAAAUGAUCUCCGGGGAAUCGAACGCAUCGGCGGAUCCAGUGUUCCUGCAGGAGGAUGACUCGUCGUUGCGACGGGAUCCUCUGUACAUCGUCUUACCGAUCACCGUUAUCUACGCGGUGAUCUUCUUCACGGGUGUGGUCGGGAACGUGUCCACGUGCGUGGUGAUAGCGCGUAACAAGUCCAUGCACACCGCAACCAAUUACUAUCUGUUCAGUCUGGCGGUGUCUGAUCUGUUGUUGCUGAUAUCGGGCCUGCCGCCGGAAAUGUACUACAUAUGGUCCAAUUUCCCGUACGUGUUCGGAGAGGCGUUCUGCAUUAUUCAGAGCUUCGCCGCGGAGACGUCAGCAAACGCUACGGUGCUGACCAUCACGGCGUUCACAGUCGAAAGGUACGUCGCGAUUUGUCAUCCGAUAAUCUCUCACACGAUGUCGAAGCUGUCACGGGCCGUAAAAUUCGUGAUUGUGAUUUGGGUGCUGGCGCUGUGCCUGGCGGUGCCACAAGCGUACACGUUCGGCAUCGUUUACCAGUACGACAACGGUUCACCGAUCUUGGACACCGCUAGAUGCUCGACAAAGUGGACCCUGAUCGAGCACGCGUUCCAGAUAUCAACCAUUCUGUUUUUCGUCGUCCCCAUGACGAUCAUCACGGUCCUGUACAUCCUGAUCGCGAUCCAGCUCAGGAAAUCCAGACUCCUCACCGCCGCCACCGUUAAGAGGAAUCACUUGCCCGCUGGAUUGAAUCACUGUGACAGCGGUCGAGGAAAAAGCAAUGCCCAGAGAAACGUGAUUCGCAUGUUGGUUGCAGUGGUGGUGGCAUUCUUCAUCUGCUGGGCACCAUUUCAUGCCCAAAGGCUGUUGGCUGUGUACGCGCAGAGUAGCGAGACCGAAUCACAGCACGUGUUAGUAAUAGUCUACACUAUCCUCACGUACAUGUCGGGGGUAUUUUAUUACCUCUCCACGACGGUGAAUCCGCUUCUCUACAACAUUAUGUCCAACAAAUUCCGAGAGGCUUUCAAGUCGAUGCUGUCGAAUAACUGCGGAUGGUCCACCAGGAAGUCGGUCCCUAGACAGCCGACGUAUAGCAGCCUCUCGAAGUACCCGCGCAUCGUGACCAGACAGGCAGACGGUCGUCAGUGUUCCUCGUCGAUUUCCUUCAGCGACGACAACCAUAAGUCAUCGAACGCGACUCGAACGAUGUCAACCGAGUUGAACGGAUUGCCGGAACGGAAGCAUCGAUCGAUGGUGAACAGGAUGAAUUCGCAGGAUUAUGAGAGAAGCAUAUCCAGGGGAUCGAGUGCCAGCCAAGUCACCUUGAUGACCACGAUCAGCAAUGGAUUCAACGAGGGUAACAACAACGUCACCGCGGCUUGUGCCAACGACUGCUUGCUGAAGAGUCAGAGUCCUGCGAAGGGCGUCACCCUUGGAGUAUUAGCGGAGAGACUGAGACUCGGCACCAAGGGACUCUUCCAACCACAGCAGAAGGUCGCAGGCAGCUCGUUGACGAAACCGAAAACGGCGAGCGCUUUGCCACCUCGGUUUCAAAGCCAUCCGAGUAUCGAGAGCACGAACACCAUCAGCAACUCCAGCUUGCAGGAUCUCGACGAGACGGAAUACGCUGGCACAGAAUUGGCGCAGUACAUGAACAAAUUGAACUGCGAUCUGAUCACCUGACUCUCGAUUCCGGAAGACAGCGUCUGAUCUUUUUUUCCUCUCGAGCGAGUUUCGCACGUCGAAUCGAAUCGAGCGGAAUUCGAUCCUUCUGAGCGCAAAAACCGAUCGAUCGUAGAAUGUUCGACGAUUCUCGUUUAUUAUUCGAAAGAGGAAUCUGUUUUGGAUUUGAAAUUUAACCCUUUGACUGCGUACAACUUCGACCAAGCGCCUGUGGAGUGUCGAUAGCAACCAAAGGGUUAAAGCGCGACGGCAAUGAGAAAAUCGUUGUAUAUAAUUUUAGUUUAAAGCCAGAAGUAAGUAUAAAUUAACAAACGAGCAGUAAAUGAUCCUUCUUUGAACGAUACCUUUCAUCGUUUGCCAA